AUUAUAAUCAGUGACUUCUGCCUGUUUUAAGGUUUGCAUCAUGGAUAAGUUUGUCAUACGAAAACCCAGAACUCAAGCAUGUCUUAAGAAGAAAGAUCCCAGAGAAAAGAUUUACAAGCAAGCCACUUUAGAGUCUCUGAAGAGAGUUGUGGUGGUAGAAGAUAUAAAAAGAUGGAAAUCUAUGCUAGAGCUUCCAGUUCAAACUAAAGAGAAUCUAAUUGUGGCCUUAGAAGAACUAAGGAAAAAAAUUCCCUCAAAAGAAGUUCUCCGUUCCACAAAAAUAGGUCAUACAGUCAACAAAAUGCGUAAGCAUCCAGACCAGGAGGUGGCCACUCUUGCAAAAGCUGUGUAUACAGAGUGGCGAACAUUCAUCAAAGACCACUCAAACAAACCCUCAAUAGAAGUGAGAAGUGAUCCUAAAACAGAGAGUCUUCGAAAGAAUGCGCAGAAGCUACUUGCUGAAGCUCUGCAGAUGGAGAUUGGUCACCUGCUGGUGGAAAAUAUUGAGCGAGAAGCUUUUCAUCUGUCUUCCCGUCUCAUUAAUGUGCCCUACCGCAGGACCAUGCGAGCCCUUGUGUUUGCUUUAAAGCACAAGCCUGAAACUCGAGCACAAGUCCAAAAUGGCGUGUUGUCACCUAGCACAUUUGUACAAAGCCACAAGAAGUAACUCAGGUGCCUGGCACAGAUUUGGAGGGUUGGCAUGACUGUAUCCUGUGGAGAAAUAUGGAACCUCAUCUGUCUUUCAGAGUAAAAGGAUAGCAUUAACAAUAGCAAUCACUCAGUAACAUCAAAGGAACAAGAAUACUUCAGGAAGUCCAUUGGUCACCAAGUUUUCAUUUGAUGGGAAAGGUCUUUUGCAAUUCAGGGUGUUUUGCAAUUCAGAGAGCAAACUGGAAUGGGGAAGCCAGUCUUUACUUAAUGGUAAAUAACUUCAGCUGGAAACAGACUUGGCCUUACUGAUAAACACAGGUCCUCUUGCCUAUGGCUAAAUACCUACAUGGGCUUUGUCUUAAGGAAUCAGAAGGAUGCUUAGAAAAAACUCCAGAUAUGAGUUGUGAAGGGACCACGAUUGGACAUGUGGGGUGAAGGUUAUCCCCACCCACUAUCUUCUAGAACAAGGGUGUCAUACUCAUUUGUUAUGAGGGCCAGAUUUUACAUAAAUGAGAUUUUGUCAGGUUGGGCCAUGUGUGUCAUAAAAUGUAAUUCCAGGUAGCAGACCUAUAAACUUGAUAAAGGACACAAAGAUUUUUUUUUAAAAGUAAAACAUUAGCACUUGUUGGUCUUAAAGGUUUUUUCUUUGUAUCUCCCCUGUGGGAUCCAGGGAACUGAGCAAAAGAAGUUCUGGUUCUUUCCUUCCUUCCCCAGGGGACCACAAGGGGGAGGAGCUUCAGCCAAUAGAAGGAAGAGAGGCUUGGCUCAGUAGUUCUGCUGUUCGAUUGAAAGAGCCUGGCAAAGCAAGCUCUCCUUCCCCCCCCCUUCCUCCCCAAGGGAGGAGCCUCAGCCAAUGGUGAAAAUAGAGGUUUUGCUCUGUAGCUCCUGUGUGAUUGAGCAAACCUGGCAAAGCAAGCUGUGAUGCAGAAGGAAGCAAGGUAAAGGGAGAAGGAAGCAGACAACAGUCAGUUGCUCAGGGGCCUGAUAGGAUUUUGCCCCCAGGCCGCAUGUUUGAUACCCCUGUUUUAGAAUGUAAGGCUUUCUCUUCAUAUACCAUUUAGAAAAAUACCAGCUAGGAAGCUAUGGAGGCUGUGCAAAGUGUAACCAGGCCCGGGGCUAGGGGUGCCUGUGCCCCUUGGCCGAAUUCUGAUCAUCCGCCCUCCCAUCUCUAUUUUUGCGUGUGCGCCCCGAUGAUGUCACUGCCACGCCCACCCUGGACUUUGCCGAGGCUUUCUGGACCUCGGAAGAGUCCGGAGGGGGGGGCGUGCACGCUCAGAGUCGGCACUCAGAGCUGAACUUUGCAGUGGGUGCGGGGCGUGGGGAGAGGCGGCUGCCUACUUGGCCUAUUCCUGUGCGCCGGCCCUGAGUGUAAUGCUCUCAAGUGCCUGUAAGAUGUAUUGUGAGUUUACAAAAGAAAGUCACACUUGGUGCAAUUAUCCAACAGUAUCUUUGUCAGCUUCUGGUGGCUUAGAUGCAGGCUUUACUCCUGAAGUUUGGAAAGACAGGUGGCUUCUUUUUGUUGUGUGCUACAACUGAAUAUGAAACUUAAUGCAUCAGAUAGUUCUGUUACAUGUGAAUGUUUUCAAAUAAUGGCUGUCUUGAAUUUACUUACCUUGUAUUGACCUCCCUCUUUUAUACUGUCAUAUUUUCAUUUGGCCUCUAACCUUACAGUCCUGUGUUUUCUUUAAGCAAGGUGACUUUUUUUCCUUUUAGUGACACAAACAAGAACUGUAACGAAAUUUCUAGCUAUAGCUUACUGGAAGUAAAAAGCCUUUAAAUUGGUCUCUUCAAGAAAAUCAAAAGAUAUUAAACUGAGGACAACUGUAUACAAUGUU